CCACAUACACUUCUGGGGAAUCUGCUGGAGCUUGAGGUGAGCUGUGCGCGCUUGGAGAGAUCCUGGGAGAGAUUGCACCUGUCUCUUGGGGACUCCAAGGAAAAGACGUAUAACGGUUCCACCAGGAGAGGUUCCCAGGAGCGGAAACUGGAACAGUCUUUGGAUCAGCUACCUGUCCCGCCAGGCUGGUUAGCUGCGCUCCAGGACCCCUCGAUUGGGUCUGUCAGACCCCAUCCAUCCCGGUGGGGGCCUGAGCUCCCAGCCUGGACCCAGCAAAGUUUGCGGCUCUCUGUCCAGCUGCGGCACCUCCACCCUCCUCCUCCCAGAGCCUGGCAGUGGCAGUGGCAGGUGCAGCGUCUCGCAGCCAGCCGUGCGCUCCAGCUCCUGACCAUGGGGUCCCCGGUGCAGAUCUUCCGCGGAGAACCGAACCCCAGCUGCACCCCGGAGGCCUGCCCACCCCCUAACGCCAGCGGCUGGACCCCCGGCUGGGCCGAGACAGAAGCUAACGGGAGCACCAGCCCCAGGAACGCGACUCUGGAGCCCGCGCACAUCUCCGCGGCCAUCCCGGUCAUCAUCACCGCCGUGUACUCCGUGGUGUUCGUCGUGGGCCUGGUGGGCAACUCUCUGGUCAUGUUCGUGAUCAUCCGAUACACAAAGAUGAAAACAGCAACCAACAUUUAUAUUUUUAACCUGGCUUUGGCUGAUGCUUUAGUUACUACCACCAUGCCUUUCCAGAGUACUGUGUAUCUGAUGAAUUCUUGGCCCUUUGGAGAUGUAUUGUGUAAGAUAGUCAUUUCCAUUGAUUAUUACAACAUGUUCACCAGCAUAUUUACCUUGACCAUGAUGAGUGUGGAUCGAUACAUUGCUGUGUGCCACCCUGUGAAAGCUUUGGAUUUCCGGACACCGUUGAAAGCCAAGAUCAUCAACAUCUGUAUUUGGCUCCUGUCUUCAUCUGUUGGCAUAUCUGCUAUAGUUCUUGGAGGAACCAAAGUUAGGGAAGAUAUGGAUGUCAUUGAGUGCUCCUUGCAGUUCCCAGAUGCUGACUAUUCCUGGUGGGACCUCUUCAUGAAGCUCUGUGUCUUCAUCUUUGCCUUUGUGAUCCCUGUCUUCAUCAUCAUCGUCUGCUACACCUUGAUGAUCUUGCGCCUCAAGAGCGUUCGGCUUCUUUCUGGUUCCCGAGAAAAAGAUCGAAACCUGCGUCGCAUCACCAGGCUGGUCCUCGUGGUGGUGGCCGUCUUCAUCAUUUGCUGGACCCCAAUUCACAUUUUCAUCCUGGUAGAGGCGCUGGGGAGCACUUCCCACAGCACAGCCACUCUCUCUAGCUAUUACUUCUGCAUCGCCUUAGGCUAUACCAACAGUAGCUUGAAUCCCAUCCUCUACGCCUUUCUGGAUGAAAAUUUCAAGAGGUGUUUCCGGGACUUCUGCUUUCCCAUGAAGAUGAGGAUGGAACGACAGAGCACGACCAGAGUCAAAAACACAAUUCAGGAUCCAGCUUACAUGAGGGAUGUUGAUGGGAUUAAUAAGCCAGUAUGACUAGUCGUGGAAACAUCUUGUAGUUCCCCAGGCAGGGAAGAGUACAAUGAUUUAGGCUUAACUCAGAUUACCACGGCAGUGUGAGAUGGAAAGGGUGAAUUUUAAACAAACUUUUAGAAAUCUUUCUGGAGUCAGAAGACGCAGGCUGCAUUAGUGACCCAGGUCACUGGAAGCAUUGAGACUGGAGGGGUGGAAAUAGAAGAUUCAAG